UUUGGUCGUCGUCACGGCGGCGCGGCGGCGAGCCCCCCUCGGUUUCCAUCGUCUUUGUCGCGUCGUGCCUCUCGUCGUCGUGGUCGUCCUCGUCUCUUCGUUCGCGGUACGUUUCGUUUUCGUUCCCCUUUCGAAAGAAAAAUCCACUCGGUUUCCCCGUCAAUCACACAUACACACACACACACACACACACACUUACGGAGCUAGGAGUGGCAAUAUAGGCGACAGACGAGAACAACACAGGGCAGGGACAGAGAAGAGGAUCAAUCGUAUGGAGAUCGGAUAAAGAGCCGCUAGGUGGGAGAUCCAUGUGUAUAUGCGAGCGCCCGUAGAAGCGUGACAGGUUACGAACAAAUCCAUCUCGGUGGUGGUGGUCGAAAGUGGGAGAGACCGAAAACGGGAGGAAGAGAAAAGAAAAAGAGGACGGAAGGAAGGAAAAAGGAGGGAGAGAGUGUGUGCUCUGUGUAUGUGUGUAUGUGUGUGUGUGUGUGUGUAUAGUAGCGGUAGAAUGAAGCAUCGUGGCGACGAGGAGUAGGGUGACGACGGGCGAGUAGCGAGCAAGGUGGACGGACGCGCGCGGGGCGGUCAGGUAAACGUUUGAACGCGACGGCGGUGGCGGUGGCGGCGGCGGACCACCGCACGUUACGGGCCCGUACAAAAAGAAACCGUCAGUCGAGCGCGACCGCGUGCACAGGAAACUGUCCCCCACGGGGUAGAGAGAUAUUCGGCCAACCUACGAGGACGACGACAACGACGACUAAGCUGGAUUCUCCUUCCUCUUUUUCCCUCGCUGUCCGCUCCUUUAUCAUUCCUCCUUCCGUCGUCCGUUUCUAUACCCCUCUGUACUCCCCUUUUUCUCUUCGCCUUCCCCGUCCGUCGUGUCUGUGUAAUACUACGCGCCCGCGACGACCACGGAGAGAAGGAGGAGGAGGAGGAAGAAGACGCGUGUCGCCGAUGAAGAAAACUGGCGACGAGCACCAGUCAUCAUUCUUACUCGCGUUCACUCGCUUCUAACAGCGGCGGCGAGAGCGAGUCGAACCGUCGUUUUCGUCAGUUUCGCGAUACACGGCGAACGAACGAGACACGCGCGAUCAUCGUCGCCGGGAAUACACACCGUAACACGAGAAGGAGGAACCAGGACGACACAACGGCGGCCUUAUCUUCCGCGUUCACGUAGACGAACGACCACGGCGUGUUCCCUUUUGUAUGUACCACGGUCGGUCAGGUGACAAGAGGAAAAUAAAACGGGACCCUGGGACGGGAGAGAUUUUCCGUGAGUUCGGGGGGUGAAGAAGCCGGUAACCUCGGUGUUGCGAGACGCCCGUCAGACAAAGAAAAAGAAGAAGACAGUCGGUGAAGGGAACAGAAGAAGAGGGAACGACGCGUAAACGCAGAGCUGAGCCAAGAUGACGACUAUAGUGGCGGAUCUGGUGCACGGGUACAGGGACCUCAUGGAUAACAAAUCCGAUCCCAGGGUGGGGCAUUGGGCGAUGAUGAGCAGCCCCUUACCGACGAUGGCGAUAUGCGUGUCCUACGCUUACUUCAGCAGGGUUCUGGGACCGAAGAUAAUGGAGAACAAGAAGCCCUUCAACCUCCGGCAGGUUCUGAUAGUGUACAACUUGGUACAGACGAUAUUCUCCUCGUGGAUCUUCUACGAGUACUUGAUGAGUGGCUGGGCGAAAGGAUACAGCUUCCGGUGCCAGCCGGUCGACUACUCGAACAGCCCCAUGGCGCUCAGAAUGGCGGAGACGUGUUGGUGGUAUUACAUCAGCAAGUUCACGGAGUUCUUCGAUACCCUCUUUUUCAUCCUGAGGAAGAAGAAUCAGCACGUGUCGACUCUUCACGUGAUCCACCACGGGAUAAUGCCGUUCUCCGUGUGGAUGGGGAUGAAGUUCGCGCCAGGUGGCCAUAGCACUUUCUUCGCCCUCUUGAACACUUUUGUUCACAUAAUAAUGUACUUCUACUAUAUGGUGGCUGCGAUGGGCCCUCAAUAUCAGAAGUACAUCUGGUGGAAGAAGUACCUGACUACUUUGCAAAUGGUGCAAUUCGUGAUGAUCAUGAGUCACCAGUUCCAGCUGCUGUUCACGGAGUGCAACUAUCCGCGUGGCUUCAUGAUCUGGAUCGGUCUGCACGGCGUGCUCUUCCUCGGUCUGUUCUCGGACUUCUACAAAGCGAAAUACGUGGACAAAUCGAAGAGGAAAUCGUCGAGGCACAGCUCGCAGAACGGCUCCACCGGCGGCGGUGGUCUAUGCAUGCCCGUGCUCGAGGACUCGAAACCGCGGCAGAACGGUGUCUCGUCGUACGCGACGAUCUACAACAAGGAGUACAACAGCUGUUACAGCAACGGAACCAACAACGGUUACGUGGCGAACAACAACACGGAGAAGAAGCUCGCUUAGGACAGUUCGCGUAUGGUCGCUGCAGAGAAGCUCGGGACAACACCGAAUCGAUUGCAGCACGAUACAUAUUUAAAUCCGUUACACGGUUCGAACUCUCGGCGACGACGCUCGACGGCUGCGACGACGACGAUCCUGACGCGACGGUGGCGGCGCUCGCGUCAUUCAGCUUCUUGAUUGCUCCGCCAGGGGGGCACGACUGGCGCUCACGUCGCGGAGCUUCUCGAAUGCCCGCGAGGGGGCGUGGUCGACGCGAGGAGGGACAAGAAAAUGGCCGUUUGCCGCCACCAUGCCAGUGUCUGCUGUUGUUGUGUUGUUCAAGCGCGCGUUCAUUGUCGUCGUCGUCGUCGUUGUCGACGAGAGAACCAAGUCGCAGCAUGCGUUCGAUAACCGGCUAACGCUUCUUCGAGGAACACUCACAUAUACGUUUCAUUUUGUAUACUAUCUGCUGUCCACCGAGAGCGAUCGUCGCCUCUCAUAUCCGUAUGGGAGUGGAAGGGUGGGGCGCUGGUGGGUGUGGGGGGGGGGGUUGUUACACGUAAGAACUCUAAUUAUCGAUAAAUUAAUCAAUCGUCACCCGCGGGAUAAGGGGCUCGUGUCCGUUGCACACUUCUUGUAUAUUGAUUGCCGCGUGUACACGUGUGUCAUGUACACCACAUAAAAUCGCAUUUACUGGUCCGCAACGGGCUUGCGGACGACCACGUUUACAGACGGCCUCCCGGAGUUACGGCGAUUUUCUUCCUGGGCCAGACGCCGCGUCGUCGGGCCCCGGAUCACGACCGACGAUGACGAAGAACGACGGAGAAACGCGAGACGGAGAGCCGGAGCAACAACCAGGCGGACAAGAUUAAAACGCGCACACACACACACACCACGAGAUCAGUAAAUUUUAGUAAUGGUCAAGAACCGGAUCCCCUCGUUGUGGAACCGGAUAACGAUCCUCUCUCUUUUUCUCUCUCUUUCUCUGUUUUCUCUACGCCGCUAUUGUGUUUGUGGAUAUACUUGCGGAUCGCGGGGGUAUUCUCGCGUGGAGAUCGUUUUGUCGGAGGUUCUGUCGUGAUUUGUGACGAGGCCAUUUUCGUACGGGACGCACCGGAGAACAGGAUCGAUCUCCGAAUGUUUCUUUAGGGGUGUGCGGGUAGCUAAACGUUUCCGGAUCGUCGGACCCGACAGAGGGUUUCGAAUGGAAACGGAGGAUAUCCGAAACGAAAGAUUUCUUUUAUUUCCUCGGACCGAGUACACGUGCAUCCGUCGGGGUUUCGCGGUACCGUACCACUAAUCUGGCGUUGCGUCUACGACAUUCGAUUGUUCAAACCUUGGGGAGUAGGGGGCGGGAAAACGUUACAAAUCAUGAGUAAUGUAAUAAUAAUUUAUUAUAUACUGGAAUGUAAGAAACGCGUCAACUUUAUAUUAUCUACUUGUUGUUAUGUAUGUCCACCGUAAGAAGAGUGUUCUCCACGGAGACACUUUUUGGGGAGAUGGCUUUCGAGAUCAGAGAACCUUUUGGAUACCCGCAGACCUCUAUAUGUAACCGUGUUCCCUUAUCGUUGUCCGACUCUGUCUCUCUAUUGCCCUGAUUGUGUUCAGAAAGCUUUGGUGUUCGUCGUAGAAAAUAAGCGUCCGUCGAUUAGAGGGAAGAGGAGAUUGCACCGUGCGGCUCCUUUCUCUUGAAGCUUGGUUUCGCCCCUUGCCCCCCCCCCCCUCCUUCCCUUAAGUAAAGUCGCGCAAUAGUUGAAUGUAGUCGCGGCAACAAGGACGUGUACCCUUCGCGAAUUAGCUUUUUUACGGCUCGAGAAGUCACGCAUAUUGUAUACUUGUGUUUUCGUUAGUCAAAUCUCUGCGACGUCGCAAGCUCUCUCUCCCACUUCCCCUUUUAUCUCUAUUCGAAUAGCGGGGCGGAAUCAAGCUUCCGAAAAAGCACUCGAAAUUCUCUUUGACGAAGAAAAAAGAUAAAAAAAAGUAACAAAUUUGUCUGUUGUUUGUGCCGUUUUCGUACCGGAUCGGGUGAACCACCGGAAGUGAAGUCGAAUGCGGAAUCGUUCCGCGUGUAAUUCUGUACGUACGACACGUGUUUACAAAAUGCAUUAGAGGAAAAGGAAAGAAACGUUCAACCGCGAGAAAAUGAAAAUCGUACAGCGUGGAUCUUCUUGUUAAGGUUUACGGGAACUUUUUUUGUAUACUAUCCUGUUUGAGCGAGAGGACCGAUCGAAGAAUUUUUAUUUGUGACCGAAAAAACGAUGUAUAAACAAAAAGAGGAAGAAACGAAAUCCGAACGCGAAGAAAACACACCGUGGGCGAA